GAAAUCCAUAAAGUCGGCGGACUUCCCCAGCGACUGACAACCAUCCAUAUCUGGGCUUGAGAAGUCGACGGACUUCCCCAGCAGACUCACAACUAUCCACAUCCGGACUUGAGAAGUUGACCUUUAUUAUUAGACCUUCUGACUGCCCUCAAAUUCUCUCCUUCUCAAAUCAACACCACCAUCACCAUGUUGGAUCAUAUUGAGCCAGAGCUAAUUCCAGGCACGGAAAUCCUUCUCGCUUCGGAUCAAGGAUAUGGCAGGCAUUCAAGCUCCAAUGAAGAACUCGUGUUGGUUCCUACGCCCAGCGACCAACCAAAUGACCCUUUGAAUUGGAGUACGGGAUGGAAGUCCACAGUGAUCAUCAACCAGGCAUUUUUCGUCUUCAUCAGCGUGCUCACGCCCCUUUCAAUUGCUCCCCUCACCCCAAUCUUUAUGCAAGAAUUUCACAAAACCCUUCCACAAGUCAAUUAUCUGUUUGGAGCAGCGGCCAUCUCGCUCGGCUACACAAACUUCAUCAUUGUUCCUUUCAGCAAUGUUUUUGGGAGGCGUCCUGCAAUUCUGAUUUGUGGAUUGAUCUGUGUUUUGGCCAAUAUUUGGCAAGCACUCACGACGAGCUAUGCGAGCUUCAUCGGGGCACGAGUUAUCAGUGGCUUUGGGGCUGGUGCUAAUGAGAGUAUUAUGCCAAUGGUUAUCGCUGAUGUGAUGUUCAUGCACCAGCGGGGGCUAUGGAUGGGACUCUACUUCUGGGCCUAUUUUAUGGGGACAUUCAUUGGCCCCAUCAUUUCUGGCAGCAUCGCCGCUCAUAUUUCUUGGCGGUGGUUCUUCUGGGUUUGCACUAUAUUCCAAGGGGUGUCCCUGAUUCUGAUGGUCUUUCUGUCCCCGGAAACAUUGUAUAGAAGACCAGAUUCCACGGCCUCAGAUAAAAGUUCGAGCACUGGACAAACAACUCCGCUUGAAUCGAAGGUUGAAGUGGUCAAUAUGACACAAGCCAGCUCAGACACUGAGAAAGCCCCGUCUUCAAUAUCUAAAUCUCAACAGGGCUCGAACGAUCACGUUCGCUCGCUGCCCGAACGCCCAGUUGGCCGUCCCAGCAAACAUCAAUUCUCACUUAUCCCCAAGCCCGAAUUUGAAGGCAAAGAUUUAAUAUUUCGAGAUAUCCUCGCUCCGAUCCAAAUAUUUAGCUUCCCGAUUAUACUCUGGGCUGCAUUCUCACUCGGUUUUGCAGCAAACUGUCUCUUGUCACUGAAUCUGACGCAAUCUCAAGUCUUUGCCGCUCCACCGUAUCUUUUCACUCCGGCACAGGUUGGAUUCGUUAACUUCGCAUUUGUGGUUGGCGGUGUUAUUGGGUUGCUUACUGCUGGGCCUAUCAGUGAUUGGGUUUCGAUGAGGGCAACAGUUCGGAAUAAUGGUGUGAGGGAGGCCGAAAUGAGGUUGGUCGCUUUGGUGCCUUACGUGUGUAUCUGCUUGGUUGGAAUGACUAUCACUGCGGUUGGCUAUCAGCGUCAUUGGCCUUGGCAAGCAGUGGUUGUGAUUGGAUAUGGUUUCGUGGGUAUCCAAGUUGUUUCCAUCCCAGCAAUUCUCAUAGCGUAUGCGGUUGACUGCUAUAAGCAUAUUCCAGGGCAGAUCAUGGUCACAGCCACAAUAGUCAAGAACACAUUUGGAUUCGGUAUGAUCUUUUACUACAAUGACUGGGCAGUUAAAGACGGGUUUAUUCCACCCGUGAUGAUGAUGAUGGCCCUCACUGUUGGCUUCACGGUUAUUGGGAUGGUUGUCUUUAUGUUCUGGGGAAAGAAGUUCAGAAGGGCGACGAUGAACUCGAAGUUGCACACUUUGUAACGAUUGGGUGUUUACAGCUGGAGAUAUGAGUUGAGAUUGGAAAAUAUGUAAAGGAAGGGAGGUUGGGCAUCUCAAUGAAUGAAUUUUUUUAUUCUUUCGAAAUCCACUAGUUUACUAAAUAGAGUAUUGAGUAGGGGGAAAACUUUCACCUAUUUAAUCUCACUGCAUACGUUAAGAAAUGGAAUUGAAGACGAUCAAGAAACA